AAAUAACAGUCCAGAGCCCCAACCAACACUAAACCAACCCACUCAAUCAUUUCUCAACACAACACAAUAAUUUUAGGCGGGAAUUACAAAUUCAGAAUGCAACAUCCCAAUUCUCCCUCCACACCGCCGUCAACCGCCACCGCUCCCCGCAAAAUCGGCAUAGCAGUCAACCUCUCCGACGAGGGCGCAUAUACCAUCAUAUGGGCAGUCAAACACUACCUACGACAAGGCGACACCGUGGUCCUCCUCCACGUCUGCACCACUACCCACGACCACACCACCACCACCGCCAACAACCACCACAUCGACGAGAUGAAGAAAAUCAAAAACUAUUUUCACAUGUAUACAAUUUCUAGAGUGAACGAUUUCGCGGAGCCUUUACGCCAGGCGCAGAUUCCUUACAACGUCCACAUUGUGAUGGAUCGCGAGAUUAAGGAGCGUCUCUGCUCUGAGAUCUGUGGUAUCAAUCUCAGCGCACUCAUCAUCGGAAGCCGCGGAAGUGUCGGUGACUACUGCGAGCUCUAUUGCGUCUGUCCGGUUGUAGUGGCUCGGUAUUCCGAUGGAAAGGAUGUGGAAGAAGAUGUAGUCUCCACUGCUAACUCUGUAGUUGGAAACUUUUCUGUAAACUCCGUGGCUGAAGAUUCGACUGCCAAUUCUGUGGCUGAAAUGUUCACAGGAGAUUUUGUGAUGGCGCCGCCGAAGGCAACCUAUGUGGAAGAAAUUGAUGAGAUUAUGCGUCUAAAGAACGAAGGUCUACUUAGCAGAGGCGACCUCAAUGAACUCAUGGAUAGAGCCUACGAUCAAAUCCUAGAAGAAGAGCUUAUGGGCGACAGUGAUGAAGAACUCCUGAUGAGUUUACUUGAGAAUGAGAGGCGACAACAAUCCCAUACCUCCACUAGGCGCAAACGUGCAAAGCGUGCCAAGCAUAGACAUACUUAAAAAGAAUGUAUCUGACUUUAAAGGAUUUGCAACAUGGUUGUUGAGUGGGUUCUUUUCUUUUCCUGUUAUGUAUCUAAAGCAUUUCUUGCAUAUGAAGUAUGGAAAGUUUAAGCAUGCAUUUGCAUGGCUUGAUGUGGACUCUGGAGGAUGUUGAAAUAUUGUUUAUUUUUCUUUUGUAAUGUUGUAUGUAUUGAACCAUACUCCUUUAUGUAGUUUAGCCUUAGGGGUUAUUCUCUCUACUGCGUCUGCAUGUGGGAGAUCACAUUAUCACAAUGAGCAUUCUAGUAUUUAACUUA